CGAAUAACCCGUACUAGUGGCGCAGCGUGUUGCCACACCAGGGAAUGCUGCCCGGGGUUGCUUCAUUUUUGUUAGUAGCAUCUUGGACCAAAGUGCUUUACACGGCCAACAAUUGCUUUCUCAUCGCGUGUAAACACGUUUGCGAAUACUAGAAGUAAUACCUGGGGACCCCAAGCGGGUCCUGGUUUGCUCUGUCUUGCCUCUGAAGGGCAAUCUGGCCCUGGUUGGACGCUAGACCGGCGGCUUCGUUAGCACAAAUAUUAUAAUCGUUGUUUAGUUUGCCAAGAAGCAGCAAAAAUGACUCGUGAGGACACCCUUCCUACUCGGCCUAUGCCGAAGGCCCCCACCACCAAGGUGGACUUCAACAGCCUUAAGGCUCCAGCUGGUUACGUACCGGGUCUUGGUCGUGGCGCGGCUGGCUUCACGACUCGAUCAGAUAUCGGUCCAGCCCGAGCGGGUGGCUUGGAUGCAUUAAAAGCAGGGGCCCCCGGCUCCAAGGCGGGCGGCGACGAGGAGUCGGCGCUGGACGACACCAAGUUCGACGAGUUCAUGGGCAACGACGCGGGCGUGUUCGCCACGGGCGAGUACGACGAGGACGACAAGGAGGCGGACGCGGUGUGGGAAUCAGUGGACAACUUCAUGGAUGAGCGGAGGAGGGAGGCGCGUGAGAAGCGGCUGAAGGAGGAGCUGGAGCGGUACCGCGCGGAGAACCCCAAGAUCACGGAGCAGUUCGCGGACCUGAAGCGCAAGCUGGCGGACGUGUCGGUGGACGAGUGGGAGGCCAUCCCCGACAUCGGCGACUACACGCUGAAGAAGCCCCGCCGCAUGGAGCGCUUCGCACCCGUGCCCGACUCGCUGCUGGCGCGGGCGGCGGCGGAUGCGGCGGCGGCCACUGGCGGCGCGGCGGGCAGUGCGCGGGCGCUGGACCCGAACAGCGGUCUGGCGAGUGUGGGCGGGCUGGGCGGCCUGGCGACUCCCAUGGGGGGGGCGGCCAGCACGGUGUCGGAUCUGACAGCCAUCGGUACGGGUCGCGGCACUGUGUUGGGCCUCAAGCUGGACCGCAUGGCGGACAGCGUGAGCGGCCAGACGGUGGUCGACCCCAAGGGCUACCUCACCGACCUCAAAUCAAUCAAGAUCUCCACGGAUGCGGAGAUCUCCGACAUCAAGAAGGCGCGCCACCUGCUGAAGAGCGUCAUCCAAACCAACCCGCGACACGCGCCCGGCUGGAUUGCGGCGGCACGCCUGGAGGAGGUUGCCGGCAAGGUGGCUGACGCUCGCAAGCUGGUAAUGCAGGGCUGCGAGCUGUGCCCCAACAGCGAGGACAUAUGGCUGGAGGCGGCACGGCUGCAGACCCCUGAGAACGCCAAGGCGCUGCUAGCCCGCGGGGUGGCCCAGCUGCCGGAGAGCACCAAGCUGUGGAUGGCGGCCGCAAAGCUGGAGACGGAUGACACGGCCAAGGCGCGGGUGCUCAGGAAGGCCCUGGAGCGCAUCCCCACCAGCGUGCGGCUGUGGAAGGCGGCGGUGGAGCUGGCGGAGGAGGACGAUGCGCGCAUCCUGCUGAGCAGGGCGGUGGAGUGCUGCCCGCAGGCUGUUGAGCUGUGGCUGGCACUGGCCCGCCUGGAGACGUACGACAACGCGCGCAAGGUGCUCAACAACGCGCGCAAGGCGGUACCCACGGAGCCCGCCAUCUGGAUCACCGCGGCCAAGCUGGAGGAGGCAAACGGGGCGGACCAGGCGCAGGUGGACAAGAUCGUGGGUCGCGCCAUCAAGAGUCUGUCCACCAACGGUGUCGUGAUCCACCGAGAUGCGUGGAUCAAGGAAGCCGAGAACGCGGAGCGCUCCCAGCCCGCCCCCCACACCGCCACCUGCCGCGCCAUCGUGCGCUCCGUGUGCGGGCUGGGUGUGGACGCGGCGGACCUGGAGGCCACCCUGGUGGCGGAUGCGGAGGAGGCGGGCAAGCGGGGCAGCGUGGAGACGGCGAGGGCGCUGUAUGCGCAGGCGCUGGCGUCCUUCCCGUCGCAGGCGCACAUUUGGCGUCAAGCGGCGCAGCUGGAGAAGGCCCACGGCAGUCGGGCUCAGCUGGACGAGCUGCUCCGGAGAGCGGUUCAGUUCUGUCCGCAAGCCGAGGUGCUGUGGCUGAUGGCGGCCAAGGAGGCGUGGCUGGGCGGGGAUGUGGACGGCGCGAGGGCCAUCCUGGCGCGGGCCUUCGCGGCCAACCCCGACAGCGAGCAGAUUUGGCUGGCGGCGUUUAAACUGGAGUUUGAGAACAAUGAGCCGGAGCGAGCGAGGGCUCUGCUGGCCAAGGCUCGUGAGAACGAGGCCGCCUCCUCCUACCCGCGCGUGUGGAUGAAGAGCGCCAUUGUGGAGCGGGAGCUGGGGGACACGGCGAGGGAGAAGAGCUUGCUGGAGGAGGGCAUUCGUCGCUUCCCCGCCUUCGAGAAGUUCUACCUCAUGCUGGGCCAGCUGGAGCAGCGGGCGGGCAACACAGACGCAGCACGGGCGGCCUUCCGAAACGGCCUGGCGCGCUGCCCCAACUCCAUACCCCUCUGGCGCUCCGCAGCUAGACUGGAGGAGGAAGGCGGAGGAGGCGGGGCUGCUGCAGGGGCCGCUGCUGCAGGACCUAGCGGCACCUCCACAACACCAGCAACAGCAACACCAGCAGCAGCUCCCAGCGGUAACGUGGCGCGGGCGCGUGCGUUGUUGGAGCAGGCGCGGCUGCGCAACCCGCACACGCCCGAGCUGUGGCUGGCGGCCAUUCGCACGGAGCAGCGGGCGGGUAACGAGAAGGCGGCGGACAGCGUGCUGGCGAAGGCGCUACAGGACUGCCCCACCAGCGGCAUCCUGUGGGCCGAGGCCAUCUCCCUGGCACCCCGCCCCGCCCGCCGCACCAAGGCCACGGACGCGCUCAAACGCUGCGACAACGACCCGCAUGUGGUGGCGGCGGUGGCGCAGCUGUUCUGGGCGGACCGAAAGGUUGACAAGGCCCGCUCCUGGUUCAACCGCGCCGUCACCCUCAAUCCCGACAUCGGCGACCAUUGGGCGCUGUACUACAAGUUCGAGUGCCAGUUCGGCUCGCCCGAGCAGCAGGCGCAGGUGUCGCAGCGCUGUGUGACCGCGGAGCCACAUCACGGGGAGCGGUGGUGCCGCGUGAGCAAGGACGUGCGGAACGCGCACCAGCCGGUGGAGGUGCUGCUGCGGAGGUGUGUGGCGGAUUUGGAUGCGCUGCCGCCGCCGUGAGAGGGUUUGGGCGGAGGGAGGGGAUGGGGAGGUGGUUUUACCGUGUGUUAAGAAAGCUGGCCGCGGUUUUACUGUGUGCGUGUGUGACGAACGAGUGUGUGUGUGGUCUACCGAGGUGGGUCAUGACAGGAGGUAACGAACGUGUUUGAGGACCGGUCUAGGAUGAAAGUGACCCGUGGGUCACUUAACGGUGGGGACUUCGACUGCUAGGGUGGCUAUAGUUGACUGACUGGAAGGGGAAGAGACCGCAGGAAUCUCUGGGCGAUGGGGGCUCACAUGACAACCACAGCAGGAACACGACGCGGGUUUGGUGUAGCUGGGUAGGCAGUUUACUACCGUAUUGAGUUGUGACUCUAGCAUAGGCCUAGGGGGUGGCAUCAUGCAACAACGCUUUGACCUGCUCCUCCAGGAAUGUCAUUCUGACUCUUGAAAGGGUUAUCGGAGGGUACUUCCACUGCUAGGUAGCACAGCCUCUCAUGCAAGGGGAUGCACGAGCGCAAUUGCAGCUGCAGGAGGCAGGUGUGGUAUGGCUGUUGCGGUUGGCGUGCAUACGGCAUGCUGGAUGCCGCAACAAUAGCUAGUUGUGCCAGGAAGGCGGUUGUGAAGAAUUUGUGGUGAAGGAUUUGUGGCGGGGCGAAGAGGUUAGCAGCUGCUACGUUGCAGCCAUGUAAUGAGGAAUCAUAC